AUGGCGACAACGCUCACAGAAGCCGAAAAGAAAGCAAACCACAUCAUCUCCCUACCCAGGCCACCGCGCGUUUCUUCUCUCAAAAGCAUCGACCCAAAGUGUGCGGCGCAGGAAUGGCUCACAAACCUCGAAAAGGCAUUAUCUACGCCUUCUAUUUUGAAAGAUCAAAUCGAUAAUUUAUUCCACAGCGACUCCUAUUGGCGGGACCAUCUCGCUCUACAAUGGGACUUUCGUACGAUCCACACUGCCGCUAGUAUAGCCUCAUUUCUUAAUCAAUUCCAACCCGCCACUCAGAUCUCUAAACUAUCGCUGCAGUCCGAAGGGAAAUAUGCCCCGCAUAUUAGUACCCCUGAGAAUGGUGUUCCGGAAAUUGAUUUCUUGGCUUCUAUGUUUCAUUUUGAAACGAAAGUUGGACGUGGAACAGGAAUUUUAAGAUUGAUGUUGGACGAUGAGGGAAAGCAGUGGAAGGCGUAUGCGGUGUAUACAUCCUUACAAGAGUUAAAAGGUGCCGAAGAGCCGCUUGGUCCAAAGCGAGUCUACGGAACUCUGGAUAGUAUGCCAAAUGGCUCUGCCGGAGGAACAUGGAAGGAGAGAAGAGAAAAGAUUAUCAAUUUGGAGGGCGGCCAAGAACCUGCCGUGGUAGUCGUUGGUGCGGGACAAUCUGGAUUGAACCUCGGAGCUAGACUACAAUCACUAGGCGUUUCGACCCUCAUCGUGGAUCGGCACGAGAGGAUCGGCGACAACUGGCGAAAGAGAUAUCGGACCUUGGUAACCCACGACCCCGCAGAAUUCACCCAUCUAGCAUAUCUGCCCUUCCCCAAGAACUGGCCGCAAUUUACCCCCAAAGACAAACUAGGUGACUGGUUCGAAGCAUACGCGAGCAUCAUGGAGCUGAACGUGUGGACGAGUACGUCCGUCAAAUCUGCUUCCUUCGAUGACAACACAUCUACCUGGGUGGUUGUCGUUUCCAAACCCGACGGCUUCGAGCGCACCAUUCGCCCCAGGCACAUUGUCUUCGCUACUGGCCAUUCCGGAGAGCCGAAGAUCCCAUCUUUCCCAGGCCAGGACACUUUCAAGGGCACUGUAUACCAUGGAUCUCAGCAUCGAGAUGCUGCCGAAUACGAUGUUCGUGGCAAAAAGGUAGUCGUGGUCGGUACGGGUAAUAGUGGCCAUGACAUCGCCGAGAACUUCCAUGAAAACGGUGCAGAGGUCACGAUGCUGCAGAGGCGAGGAACAUAUGUGCUAUCUCUAGAUAAGGGAGUAUUCAUGUUGCAUGAUGGGACGCACGAUGAAUGGGGACCCCCAACAGAACAAGCAGACAUAUGGGCUGAGUCCCUACCAUACCAAGUCGGCUUCGCUUUCAACGUAUACCUCACUCAACGCAUUUCAGCCGAGGAUAAGACCCUGCUCGACGGUCUCGAGAAAGCCGGUUUUGAGGUCUACAAGGGCAUUGAUGACAGCGGGAUUGCUCGAUUAUAUUACACUCGCGGCGGCGGAUACUACAUCGACGUCGGAUGCAGUAAAUUCAUCGCCGAUGGAUCAAUUAAAGUCCAAAAAUCGCCAGAUGGAAUUCAAGAAUUCAAAUCUAACUCAUUAGUCCUGGCAGAUGGGAAAGAGCUGGAGGCGGAUUUCGUGGUGUUGGCUACGGGGUAUGACAAUAUGCAGACGACCGUGCGAAAAGUGCUGGGAGAUAAAGUGGCAGAUCGGUGCAAGGAUGUGUGGGAUCUUGAUGAAGAGGGCGAGCUACGCGCGAUUUGGAGACCGUCGGGACAUCCUAACUUCUGGUACAUGGGUGGCAACCUGGCAUUGUGUCGAAUCUACUCCAAGUUUUUGGCAUUGCAGAUAAAGGCUACUGAGGAAGGGCUUGUUCCCAAAGCGAAGGUAAAUGGGCUACCUAAUGGGUCUAGCUAG